AGGCUUUUAAUUUGGAAAGCAUCCGGAUAAUAAUUAAUCCAUACUUUUCCUAGAACAAGGAAAUAACAGUAUAAACCAGGGGGCGAGAAAGAUCUGUGGUCAGUUAGGCUCCGCCCCUGCAGUAUCACGCGCCUCCCGCCCUCCCGACCGUGUCUGGGUGCCCGAGGAGGUCACGCGCCCACUUCCCCGGGGUCACGUCUAAACGGCAAGAUGUCUGAGACCGCAGAGCUGCUGCUGGCGCUGAAGCAGCGCGUGAGCCGCUGUAUCGACGAAGGCCAAGCGAAGCUGCACAGCCUGAGCGCGGACCUGUGGAGCUGCCCGGAGCUGGCGUACGAGGAGCGGAGGGCUCACGACCGGCUCGUGCGGUUCUUCCGCCAGGAGGGAGGUUGGACGGUCGACGAACACUUCCAGCUCGACACUGCUUUCCGUGCUGUGUGGGCGUCCGGAGGCAAAGGGACCUACAAGCCGGGAGACGCGGUCAACGUGGGGUUCCUGUGCGAGUACGACGCGCUGCCGGGGGUGGGACACGCGUGUGGGCACAACCUCAUCGCCGAGGUGGGAUCCGCCGCGGCCGUGGCGCUCAGGGCCGCGCUGGAGCACACGGCCGAGCUCCUCGUGCCGGUGCAGGUGACGGUGCUGGGGACUCCAGCGGAGGAGGCCGGUGGAGGUAAAAUCGACCUGUUGAGACAGGGAGCAUUUGAUGCUAUGGAUGUGGUUUACAUGGCUCAUCCUUCCAAGGAAGACGCUGUUUACCUCCCCUGUGUGGCGGAGCAUGAUGUAACCAUUAAGUAUCACGGUAAGGCGUCUCAUGCCUCAUCCUACCCCUGGGAGGGAGUCAAUGCGCUGGAUGCAGCCGUGAUGUGCUACAACAGCCUGUCUGUGCUCAGGCAGCAGAUGAAGCCAGACUGGAGGGUCCACGGUGUUAUAAAGCACGGCGGAGUAAAGCCAAACAUCAUCCCAGCAUACAGCGAGCUGGAGUUCUACCUGAGAACCCCCUCGCGCUCCGAGCUUCCUGUCCUGGAGGACAAGGCUGAGAGGUGCUUCAGGUCAGCGGCUAUGGCGACCGGCUGUGAGGUUGAAGUACAGUUUGCAAGAAAUACAUUUGACAACAUUCUGCGCAAUGCGACACUGGAGGAGCUGUACCAAAGAAAUGGAAAGGAUCUGGGGAUGGAGUUCACCGUCGAUGAAGACGUACUUAAAAACGAAUCUGGUUCCACAGACUUUGGCAACGUGACCUAUGCGGUUCCUGGCAUCCAUCCAUACUUUUACAUUGGUUCAGAUGCUCUCACCCACACAGAGGAGUACACAGUGGCUGCUGGUGAUGCUACGGCGCAGUUCUUCACGCUGAGGGCAGCGAAGGCUCUGGCCAUGACGGCCCUGGACGUGCUGCUGUGCCCAGAGCUGCUGCAGAAGGUCAAGCAGGAGUUUAUCGAGGCCAAAGACAAGGAGGGCAGGAAGCUCACACAACUGACGGCAACACAUGGAUGAGAAUUUAUAUAUCUAGGAUAAGUCAGAUGUGUUGUUACACUCCAUGCUGCGAUUUGAUAUGAAUCAGUGAUAGCAACAGAAAACCAAAGAAUUAAGAAAUGCGGAUUUUGGAAGUUUCCCUAGGGAACCUACCUUUAAGCAGCUGAUUACACUGUUUACACAUGAUUUGCCUGUAAUAGAUGAAAAUAAUCAACAAGUUGUCUGUUGGUCUUUCAUACAGACAUGUAGAAGCCUUUGUUUUCAGCGCUGGGCUGUAGUGAUUCAGCUCAUGAACUGAUCUAUGCAUGGUUUUUACUGACACAUUCAAACCAUGGAUCUGUCUCUAGUCUCUAGUCAUUUAACCACAUAUUACUCAGUGCAGAGCACGUGAAGCAUCCACAAACGUAAUUAAAACUAAAUGUUAUAUUAAACUGGGAAACCCUUGG